AUGCUAUUGUAUUAUCUAGCAGCUAUAUUCAAAGGCCUUCAUCCGAGGGUAGAUGAUGACUUCGUUGACAAGUUGAACUACCAUUAUACGUCAGCAAUAAUUUUCGCGUUUGCGAUUAUUGUUUCCGCCAAGCAGUAUGUCGGUUACCCAAUUCAAUGCUGGGUACCUGCACAAUUUACUGACGCUUGGGAGCAGUACACCGAAAACUAUUGUUGGGUUGAAAACACCUACUACUUACCGCUGACAAGUGCUUUCCCCCUGGAAUACGGGGAUCGAAGGGCACGUCAAAUCAGCUACUAUCAAUGGGUUCCAUUUGUGUUAGCUCUGGAAGCUCUUUGCUUCUACAUUCCAUGCAUAAUGUGGCGAGGCUUACUGCACUGGCACUCAGGUAAGAUUUCGCAUACAUUCGAAAUGCUAUGA